UGCAGUCGAAAACAGCUCGCGAACGCGCGACGCUGGCCUCAGUGUUAGGCGGGAAAUUAAAAACAUGAGUUUAGCGACUGUCGUACUGUUACUGGUCGCGUUGACGUGUGGUCAGGAGAUACACCAGGAGGUGGACCAGCCUGUAGAACUGGCGGAUGAGUUGGCCGAUACCGAUGUGGUGCUCGCUUUUGUGAUAUUCCGUCACGGCGACCGCACCCCUGACGAGGAGGAGCUGGAACUCUCAGCGGAGGUCGUCAACAAAAACGUCUUCUUCCCUUACGGUACAAAAGCGCUAACCAAUCGGGGUAAGCAACGGGCCUAUAAAGUCGGACAGUACAUCAGAACACGCUACGAUGGUUUGAUAUCGAGGCUGUACCUGCCGGACGAGAUUGUGAUCCGAACAACGGAUUACGCGCGGACAAAGAUGACGGCGCUGGCUGCGCUGGCCGCGAUAUAUCCGCCGCCGCCUGCGCAGAAAUGGAACCCUGCGUUGGACUGGCAACCUGUGCCAUACAAUAUGUUGCCGUACGAUGAGGAUGACCUCUUAUACUGGUACAACUGCCCACGCUAUCUCUGGCUGCGAGACAGAAUAUAUCAACUACCUGAAGUGGCACCUACUUUGAGGCAAUACAACGACCUAUUCCGAUACUUGAGCGAGCACACAGGAACAAACAUCACCACACCCGAACAAGUUUUCUUUCUGGAUAACCUUUUCCAAGCACUGAACAAUGUUAACCUAGGAACACCUAAAUGGGCACAAGACGUAAUGCCCCAGAUCAAAGCCAUGACAAAGAUUGAAUAUGCCAUAGAAGUUUUUAAUGACGAAUUGAAGCGAUUGUCGAUAGGUGUGCUGAUGGCAGAAAUCGUGAAUGCGACGAACGCUGCGAUAGCCGGCUUCACCGACCAGCCCAAGUUGCGGCUGUACUCCGCUCACGAGAACAACGUGGCCACCCUGAUGGCGGCCGCCAGGGUCUUCGAACCGCACCAGCCUAUGUACGGAGCUACAUUCUCGUUGGAGCUGCGACGUCAUCAACUAACCGGGCAAUACGGUUUUACGGCCGUGUACGCGCCCGUCGCCGGCGAGCCGGAACAAUACCUCAAAAUAAACGGAUGCGGCGGCACAACGUUUUGCUACUACUCCACCUUCCUCGAACUGACGCAGAACGUUUUGUGGUCCCGUCAAGAUUUCCAAAACCAGUGUCCGAGAAGAAAUUGAUAAAGUUAGACCGUA